UGUCAGAGACAUCUGCGUCUUUUUAAUAUGGCGACUCCCAUGAUUGUGUAUUGUUAAACGUGCCAAAGAAUUACCCUUACAUCAUAUUAAUACGUGCUCUUUCAGUGCGUCUUACGGUCGUCCGUAUAUCCUUAAAACUUUCAAUAAAUAUACUCAGCAAAUCUGGAUGAAACUAGGGAGAAAAUGAUUGCCGCCUCAGACCCGCUGGAAUAUAUACCAGGUGGACGUCAGACGGUUUUGAGGCAUCCUGGAUCUGUGAUCAGUCAACAGUCACCACAUAAUCGCUCAGUAGCAGGAGAUAGCGUUCUUCUACAGAAGUUUAGCCAAGUUAACAUAUCGGAAAGAUCACCAACAGAAUUCUGGCUUGUGAGAGACAAUGAUGCUUGUGGCGAAGAAGAACUUUACUGUUCGGGUAAAGUUGCUGUUCACUCAAAAGGUGACAGAUCCAGCAGAGUGCUUCAAACCUCUUAUACCUGCGAAACGGAUAUUAAACAUGCACUCUGGUGCACCUUCCACACAACAACGCCUAAUCAGUUAUCAAAAGGCAAAGAUUUUGAAAAUAAUGAGCCCCUUGAAAAGACAAUCGAAUCUAUUUGUCUCAUAGAUUCAUAUACACUAAAAGUAUUCACAGAGUCCGGGGAGGAUUAUGUUUCCAGUUUACAGUUUCAAGUCUCCGCUGUAUGGCCUACAAAGUAUGGAAUAUUGCUGGAAAAAUCUCAAGUUCCAAUUACAGUAUCAAGGUACGCAUCUUUGGAAGCAAACAGAUUGGCUUUACAGAACGAAAGCCAUUUACCAGUGGCUUUUUCUCUUAUGCAUCCUUUAGAUGAAAUCUGCCCUCUGCUCAUGAAACAUGGUAAUAUUUCAUACAUGUGCGAAUCGAAUCAGCAAAUCGUAUUUACCAGCUCCGAACCUUCCCUUGCUGUAGUGUACGAUACAAAAACUGGGUUGCAUUCAGUUUAUAAAAUACGCAAAGCUCUAGCUGAGGAAUGUCAAAUAGUCUGUGGAAGUAAUGAUACUACUCCUAGUAUCUUUAAUCAUUCAACAAGUGCAUCACCACUAAGCGUCACUAAUAAUAUUUCCAUCAACAAGAGUCAUCCUAAUAAAACACAGCUCAGUCUAUUUGGGGUGCCAAACUUACAAUUGAGUAAUAUUGGCAUAGGAUUAGGCAUAGGAUUAAACAAUAGUCCAUUCGGUUCACGAGGCACUUCUUAUACGACGACAUGUUCGGGCGGUGGAGCUUCACCGUCGCAGCAACAACAGCAACAACAUUCUCGCUCCCACAGUCCUAUGGCUACCAUUUCCCGAUGUCAAUCACCAACCCAUCCAGCAUUUUCACCUCUUCUAGGAGUUUCCGGUGGUCCUUCUCUACAUCAAACUAGACUACACCAUGCAGUGAUGACUACAAUAGUGGGGCAAUCGCAAAACAGUCUUGGUGCUAGUUGUAAUAGUAUCCAAUUCCAGGAUGUGAUGAAUUGUCCCAGUAGACCAUUAUAUCCAGAGAUUUGUUUGGAUCAUGUAUGGACUGAGAAUACAGGCGUUCCAAAGGAUGUAGUGUCCGGUAAAGCCUCCAAAGUACUGUUAACGUCUGAUCUCGUUGGCCAGAGUUACUUAGGAUACCUGAUAUCAAAUAGAUCACAACUCUUUCUCGUGAGACUUGAAAAGGCUAACAAGAAGCAACAAAUAAUUUUUGGCAUGGUGACUAGUAUAAUAGCUAAAGAUGCUGUCAGUUUACCGACAUUACAUAUGAUUGCCACAAUGGAUCUAUCAAACGGCGUGACGUUAUAUUCGGGUGUUACAUGCGUGGGAAAGGUUCAUAUAUCAGGAGUCUUACCAACCCUUAUAGGGAAUAAUUAUUUCUUAGCAAACAUCGGUCAGAAACUCGGUUCACCAUUUCCUCGUAGAAGCUCUUUGAUUUCACAACAUUAUCAUACGUCUCAUGAAAUCAAAUUUGAAGAGGGUUUACAUAUGUUAAGUCCCGUUAGUGGAACAUGCGGUAGACCUCCUAUCCUGUUGGAGAACACCAUAAUAGAUGGAAGUCUUCAAGGUUUAAAAGAUGCAGUAAAAAAUAAGGUGACUUUAGAGUAUGGAAACAAAAAUUAUUUUAGAAUCACAUUACCAGCUUCCAGCACGUCUCCACUAGUUACAAAAUGUUUGCAAACCCUGCGAAGUGUACUUCAGCGUGAUCUAGCUAUGCAGUUACUAGUAAAAUGGUACGGAGCCAGAAAUGCACCAGGACCGCAAGACUUUGCUCCUAUACAAGAAUGGCAUUUGUUUCUGGUAGUUUUGUUUAGUCUACUUGGUUAUGAUGUAGACAAGCUUGAACUUAUUCAGAAUAAUGACAAGGACCAGUUGACUGAACGCAACAGUCCUAUUGUUGUGCCUAAGAAACAAAAGACAAGUUCGAAUGGUUCAAACGAGGAUUGGCUUUAUACACUUGAUUCUGUCGAGCACAAAAGCUCACAACCGUUUGUAUCAGACGUUCUUGGAUUAACAAAACUAACAAAUAGCUUCGAUACAACUGAAUGUAUUACUAAAAAUAUGGUACCAAAUAGUUUAGGCAAAAUCAAUUCACAAGCCAUACUUUUCCCAUAUAUUCCAUUGGUACUCUUUUCCUUGCAUUUAUUGUACGAGGAAUUGAAAUUAAAUUGCAUAAUGUCUGAAAGUUUGCCACUAUUGGCACAAUUAUUGCAUCACCUUAGUACAGAUCUGAAAUUUGACAUGUACUCUCGUCACUACUUCUUGGACUUCCCAUCGAUUUGUCAAGCAAUGCUUACCCAGUCACAAAUGAAUACGACAGACUUACAGAAAUUAGUACCACCAAAUUACAUGCCAAUGAAACCACCGAAUAUUUUCGAAACACUCAAUAAGUUGUUGAACGGUAUAAACGUUGGUUCAUAUCCUUAUCUCAAUCAAGUGAAUCCAAGAACAAGGAACGUAGUGCAACUCGUUGCACUUAUUGCACAAGAGGGAAAUACUUCAGCUGUAGAAAUAGAUAAAUUUGUGAAAUUAAUUAUACCCGCGGGUAGUCGUGUUGAUCCACAAGAAGUUGGCUUCAGACACGAUAAGGAAGUGUUACGAAAAUUGGAAAAUCCUUCAGCAGAAAGAAUAGUUUUACUUUACCAUGAAAUGGGUAUGAAGAAAAAGGAUCUGGAGAUCUUACCACCAGGAAUAUCACUUCUCUUCAAAGACAUAAUGCAUAGAUGUAGGGAAAGGCCACCACCUAACUGGCCAGCUCAUGUCUAUGAGCUCGUGGAUCGUCAGGAUUUAGCUGCUUUGGACGGACACUCUUUACCCCUUGAACAAAGUCAUGGCGAAGAUAACGAUGGAAAGAGUUAUCUAAUAAAAGAUCCAGAACAGGAUGACGGAAUGGAAUUCGAUGAUUCUAUAUUGAAGUUGAGAUUCAACAAGGAUCACAGAGUAGCGGAAGUGAGACGACUAUUAAAUUCUUCUAAGCCAGUUAAAAUAGCCAUAGUCCAAAGACCGGAUGUCAGCGAUCAUGAAUUUAUAGAGGAACAGGAAAGACAUCUACAUGCUCUGUGCACAAGAACCAUGGCACUUCCUGUAGCCAGAGGAAUGUUCACUCUGAGAACCUCCACGCCUAUUAUUACUGAACAAUUACCUGUUCCUCGACUUUGCUUAACUGGGAAAGCACCUCCUCGUGGGACUACAGUUGAAUUAGCGCACAUCGACGUUCCUCCUAAUAUGAAUCUCUGGCCUCUGUUUCAUAAUGGCGUAGCAGCCGGACUUCGAAUUCAUCCAGAUGCUUCGAAUAUUGAUUCAACUUGGAUUGUUUAUAAUAAACAGCAACAGGGCGAGUUCAGCAUAGAACAUUCAGGGUUAUUGAUGGCACUGGGUCUCAAUGGACAUCUCAAGAAUCUGGCACCUUUCAAUCUCUACGAGUACCUGGUAGAAUGCCAUGAAGUAACGAGUGUGGGUCUUCUAUUAGGAUUGUCAGCUACUCAUAGGGCUACUAUGGAUGUGGCGAUGACAAAGUUGUUGUCGUUACAUGUGGAGACUUUACUACCACCUACUAGUAUAGAAUUGAAUGUUCCGCAAAACGUUCAAGUAGCAGCAUUAAUGGGAGUUGGAUUAGUUUAUCAAGGAACUUCUCACAGGCACAUUGCUCAUGCUUUACUCUCAGAGAUUGGUAGACCACCUGGACCAGAGAUGAAAAAUUGCGUGGAUCGAGAAUCGUACUCCUUAGCCGCAGGAAUGGCUUUGGGUUUAGUCGUUUUGGGUUCUGGAGGUGGUUCAGAUUUAUCUAGUAUUCCUGAUACGUUACACUAUUAUAUGGUAGGUGGUAACGUGAGACCUUUUACUGGAGCACAGAAAGACAAGUACAAGUCACCUAGUUAUCAGAUACGAGAGGGUGACUCGAUAAAUAUCGACGUUACAAGUCCUGGUGCAACGAUUGCUCUGGGUCUUAUGUAUUUCAAUACAGGAAAUCGUGCAGUUGCCGAAUGGAUGCGUGCGCCGGCAACACAAUUUUUGUUAGACUUUGUUAGGCCGGAUCUUUUGCUUCUAAGGAUAUUGGCUAAAUCCUUGAUAUUGUGGGAUGAAAUCGAACCGACAAAGACCUGGGUAUCUAGUCAUGUACCGGAAAUCGUAUAUAAGUACAGAUUACAGAAACCAACGCCAGAGAUAUUGCAAAAUGUGGAUUUGGAAACUAUGAAUCAGGCGUACUGUAACAUAAUAGCAGGUGCCUGUAUGGCACUAGGUUUGAAAUAUGCUGGAACGGCUAACAAGAAUGCAUUUAAAACUCUGUAUAAUUAUGCCCAAAUGUUUACUGCAUUGUCGCACAAAUCAAUAGCUGAAUUAGCUGGAAAAUCUACUAUAGAAACGUGUCUAAAUGUUAUUCUAUUAUCUACCGCUGUGGUUAUGGCUGGUACAGGUGAUCUCGAAAUUAUGAGAAUUUGUAGACACGUGAGGACGCGUGUUGGACCUGCUAGUAGCGUCGUCACUUAUGGUUCUCAUUUAGCAACUCAUAUGGCUCUUGGACUUUUAUUCCUUGGUGGUGGAAGAUAUACUCUUUCAAAUAGCCCAAGUGCCGUGGCUGCUCUUAUAAUUUCUUUGUUCCCCAAGUUUCCGACCCACAGCAAUGACAAUAGGUAUCAUCUUCAGGCCUUAAGACAUUUAUAUGUACUUGCUGCUGAACCUCGUUUACUGCUGCCCAGAGACAUUGAUACAGCUAAUAGAUGUUAUGCUACUGUACAUCUCACUUUCCAAACAAACAAACUAGCAAGUGGACAAGAUAUUCUUCUGAGAGCGCCUUGUUUGUUGCCUCAGCUAGACAGUCUCAAAAGAGUUGAAUUAAAAGAUGAUCGGUAUUGGGACAUUGUUUUUGAGCGAGGGCACAAUUGGCAACAAUUGGAAGGAAUGCUUAAGAAAUGCAAAUCCUUAAAUGUUAAACAACGUGCUGGUUGUUUAUCUUAUCAAGAAGAUCCUCAUGGCUUUAGAAGUCUUGUAGCACAAACUCUUACUACAGAAAAUGUUAUAACUUGGGCUGCUCGACCGGAACACGUUACCUCCUUUACGAAUGAUAAGACUGUAUUAAAUAUCGUAAAGUACUUUUUGCAAGGACUUGCUAAAGAGAAGUCGAAGAAAGACACAUGUAUAAAUACCCAGUCACGUGGAAUUCGAAGUAAAUUCAGUUCAAAUUAUACAAAUCCGAAUCUAAAUGAGAGUCUAGAACGAGCUGCUGGAUACUCUUUUGAGCAGACUGAUGUGUCUACCAGUCAGAAAAUGGAAAUUGGAGAAACUUCUCCGACAAAGAGAAAACAAUCUUUAUCAAACACAUCUGAAGAUACUGAGGAAAUGACUCAAAUGGAAAAGCAUUUCCUGCAGACAUUUGCUAUAAUUGUUUAUGAAUGCGUGGUUAAGGACAAGGUCAGUCUGCUGCCGUUGUGGAUCAAUUUAUUUAAAAGUAUUGAAGUCAUUGAAAGGCGACCAAGCACUUAUCUGGUCUGGCAGAUAAAACUUAUUGCCUCUCAAGUAUUGCGAUCUAAUUAUUUGGAGAGAUCUAAUCCACUGCUGAGUACUGAAAGUGUACUAGCAUUAACGCAGAGAACUGCAUUGAUUAUGGAUACUUGGGAACAAGAUCUGAGACCGUUAGUAAAACAAUAUCUGACCACUGGCAUGGUUAAUGCAGACACAUUGGCACUUGGAAAAUUAAGUGCUUAUUUAAUAUUUUAUGAUAUGCCCUAUCAAGUGAAUUACAAAAUGAUGGUGGAAUCAUUAUCGCAUAUUUUCCUUGACUCCAACUCGGACAUACCAGACAUCACGCUUUAUAAACUUCAUACGCUUCUCAAAACAGAUUAGUUUUUUAAACGCUUCUUUCUCAAUUCGUUUUAAUUCUACGAUGAUCGAACGUUCCUGUGAAUAUUUAUACCUAACAAUUCCUGACUAUAAUCUUCGUUAGGUUAGGUUUAUGUAUAGAAGUUUGGAAGGAGAUUUAACGAAAAUAAAAUUUUUUAUAAGAAUA